CCGAGCCGAGAGCUCGAGAUCCCGAAAGGACCCCGAACAGAUGUCAAGUAACCACCAAAGGAGCAGCAUCGUCGUCGUCCUCGCCCACGCAUCGUUCUUUACCGUUACUGGUGUGGGCUCGGCUCAGUUCAGUUCCGUUUAGUUCGCCAAUCGCACGAGUUCGAUUCCCAAAUCGCAUGGAUUUUUUUAACAGCCUGAACUUAGACAGCAGAUACUAUGGCAAUGUGUAAGACGUGGAUUAAUGUACUGCAACCCAUACAAGUGCGCGCUGAAAAGUCGCAAUUAAAAUUGCAUUAAAAAUUAAACGAAUAGUGUUUGUGUGCGUGUCCGCGAUGCGGAAAGUUUCACCCUGCGCCAAAUUGGCAAAAGUUAAAUGAUUAAAACACCAAGUUUUGGCGAAUUAUGUGAAAGUUUUAAUUCGUAGGCGAGCACAGUGUUCCGGUAAUUUGUAGUGGAGGAAAAACAGCCCCCGAAAAAGCUUGGGAUAACGAGGGAAGGAAGACCAAGAAGACCCAGAUUUUCAAAGUUCGUGCCAUAAAUCUGCAGUUUGCAUGGAAUUAAUACUCGGCUAAGGGAAGAGGGCGGCCAAAAGGAGGUGCUGCACAUGCAACACACAUUAGUGGGUCACCCGAAGAUGAUGACGCUGCUGACCGCAACAGCAAUAACAACCAGAAAAUUAUAUAAAAUUAUCAUGCAGGGCAGGCAGCUGGCUAGUUGGCCCCACAACAGCGGCAGGCGGGACAAGGCUAAACAUCAGCAGAAUCAAAAGCAGAAUCAAAAGCAAAAGCACCAGCUAAUGGCGACGUAUACGUAAUAUGCGCCAUGGCGUAUACGUAAUGUGCACCGGGGGUUUGGCCAAUUUGUCCAAGCGAACACUAAACCAGUGAGCCAACGGAAACGAGAACGAAAACUGAAACUGAAACUGAAACUCUAGCUGCUGCAAACUAUAGAAAAAAAAAAAAAAACUGAAACCGUUAACGACGGCAACGAAACUUCUUGGCCAAAUGGCGAAAGUUAGCAAACAAUUGCCUAUGUGUUGAGAGGACCGCCAGCCGGUGCAAAAAUGACAAAAUGGCGAAGUUAACGUUGCCUUGUCUACUGCGGCGACUGCAGCUGGUGGCGCUGCAACUGCAAUUGCAACAGCAACCGCAACAACAACAGCAGCAGCAGCAGCAACAGCAACAUCCACACGGCAGCCACCUGAUGGCCAUGCAACUGGGCCAGGCCGUGCUCCUCUACGGCUGCCUCCUGCUGCUCCACGCCUCCGUAUCCGCCUCUGUCCUGGCCACGUCCUCGGACGCGACUGGUGGCCUUCCGGCCCUGGUGAAUCUUUCCACAACGUUGGACCUGAAUGGUUCACCAACGGACCAGCAGAAGCAUGAGCAUCUCGAGAAGCGCCCGCGGAAGCGGGAUGCCGCCAAUGUGCCUGAAGAUGACGAAUAUGGCAGCUAUCCGGACGACGUCGACGAGUUGGAGGCCUUGCUUAAUAAUAAGUCAGCUAAGGGGAAAUAUAUUGGAGCACCGUGCAACGAGCUGAAGUGUGACGUCAAGCUGCUGCACGUGUCCUGCGACAAGGAGUCGCAAACCUGCAGCUGCGAACGCAACUACCCCGUGCAGCUCGGACUGAUAAAGGGUUGCGCCAAACCUAAAAAACUGGGCGAUCAGUGUUUCUACGACGAGACAUGCAUCUACAACGACGAGAACUCCCUUUGUGUUCAGGUGCGGCACAAUGCGAUGUGCCAAUGUGCCAGCGGAUUCCAUUCCGUUAGCUACGUGAAGCCAACGCGACGCGUCUUUUGCACUCCAGAUCUCAGCGAACUGAGUUCAGAUCUGCCCACUUUGCUGGGCGUAUCCACGGGUAUAGCCGUACUGGCCGGUCUUAUCUGCAUGGUGCUGCAUCUGUUUAGCAAAACGAAAUAUCCGCGGCAUCGAAAUUACGGAGAUGCCAGCAUUCCGCCGCCCAUACUCUUCUCCAGCGAUACAGGGAUACCGCUCACCGUUCACUCGGCGCGUCCGUCGUCGCGUUCCAGCAUCCGGUCGACGGGAUCGAUUGGAUCCUACGGCAAUCGACGUGCCUCGUCCGGCGGACUGGUCGGUGGUGCCGCCGGAGGCGUGGCAGGCGGCGCGGGCGGAGGAGGAGGAGGUGGAGGAGGAGGAGGAGGAGGUGCGUCAGGCAGCGGCUCGAAGGGCAUCCUGGUGUCGACGUCUCGAACAGGUGCGGCUAGAUCGGCCGCCAUAUUGCUCAUAUCGUGUCACAUAGCGGCGGUGUCCAAACAGAAUUCCCGGGCCUCGUCGCGGCACACAUCCGGAGCGGGCUGCAGCCAGCAUUCGCGGGACGACCUUGACGAUGGUGGUGGUGGAGGCGGAGGUGGUAGUGGGAGCGGUUGCCGCAGCUGCGAGAGCACGCUCUCGAUGACCCGCCACCUGCAGAAGCAACUGAACCAUCAGCGGCAUCUGCUCAGCUUCGAGCUGUCGCCGGCGAGGUCGAGGAAUCAGGAUAGAUUUAGGACAUUGUUGGGCAUGAAUGGCAUUGACAAUUUUGGGGGCAAUGAGGAUGUGGACGAUGAUUGCGGUCCGCAUAGCAUAGAUCCCAGCACCACAACAACAGUCCCUCAUGCACAUGCCCAUGUCCAUGCCCAUGGCCACAAUAGCGAUCCGGCUGAUCCUGAUCCUGGUGGCAAUGGCUUUGGUUACGGCUAUGGCCAUCUUAAUGUGGUUGGUGGUGGUUACGGCGAUGCCGACACCAAUGGCGGCGACUCCAGCGGCGGCUAUGCCACUGGCGCCGAGCUGCAUCACCUGCAAAUUGGCGCACUGCCGACGCCGGCGAGUGAAACGCCACGAUUUGCGGUUCUCGAAGACCAAGUCUAGCGUCGGUGCACAGCACCAGUUCCUCGGUGCGCAGUUACAGCAUGAUGCGCUUCGAGAAGGAGACGCAACAGAAGGAGAUCCGCCAGGAGAUGAAGUUGCGACU